AUGGACUUCAACUACUACAGCUUGCGAGUGCUGAAACAUAUGUUCCCAAAUCUGGACAAACUACGAGGUGAGCAGCCUUUCGCCGAUGACAAGUCCAGAGACCUGGCCAUUGCGUUGUCACUCGAGGUGUGUCGAGCAGUCAUAGGUGGCGGCGUGGAAGAGACUGUCACAUUUGAUCGAGCCGUGCAGAAUAUCGUCAACACUGCCUUCACGAUCGACCAGGGCAAGAUAUCGUCGGACGACAAUCACUCGCACCAUACAGCGAUGAAUCAUCCCGAACACAUUGGACAAUGGAGGAACGCAGAAGUGCUGACCAAGCAAUUGGACAUGAUGAAAGCGUUCCACAAGCGCACCGGUGAACCAAUUGGCGAGAGUUUCAUGGAGAAACAGAUACAGACCGCGGCAGAACGAAGACGCGCACGUGAUUCAUCAACCGUACAAUUGGAGGAGCCCGACGACAUCACUCAGAUAAGCCAUGAGGAAAUCAAGCUCGCUACGGCUGAACUCCGCAGCAAUCCUGACCAAGGACAAGCAAAUGUCGCAUCACAUGAGAAGAACAUCGAUCGAUCGCGCAAGCAAAACUUCAUGCCGCGCGCCACUCUCCAACACAUUUGCUAG